AAUGGCAGACCACGACGAUUAUGAAGAUAACCAAUAUCCUGACAACGACGAGUUUGUGCCGUACGUGACUGCCGGUAAUCUGGGCAAAAAUGGCGCGAAAGUCACGUUGUGGGGUAAAGUGACCAAAGUUACUGCUAGUGAAGGAUUCUAUGUGAAAACGGUAGACGAUCAAGAAGUUCUUAUCAAAUUAAAGCAUCCACUGAAUGAACCUUUAGAAGGCUGGUACGAGAUAUACGGCGUUGUUCAUGGCAAGACAGUGAUGUGUGAUGAAUAUGUUCCAUUCAAUGAAGAAAUGACAAAGAACAUCGACAUCGAGGGUCAUAAAGCGUUGGCGAGGUUGCUAGUGGCUUUAGACGAACCUUGGAAGUUGGGUAACGACCAAGAUUCAAUGACAGGUGUUGUACCCAUGGAAUGAAACUACCGGAUAUUGAUAGAAGUUAUAUUUCAAUUGUCCUCUAACCAGAGUUAAUUUGUAAUACAGUAUUGUAAAUU